AUGCCUUCGUUUGCAGGUUUUGAGGUCGAUGACAGAGAAGUUAUAUCUGACAUUCUGGACCUAAAACCUGAGCCUGAAGAUCAUUUGGGUUCUACAAUUAUUGUGGAUGGCUGUCCUGUUGUUGGUCCAGCUAAAUUUGACCUCCUCAAAAAGUUCUUACUGGAUAAAUUUUCAAAAAUCGGUCAGAUAGUGGACCAUGAAUUCCCCUUAGAUGAUGAAAAACAAACAAAAGGAUACAUCUUUAUUACAUAUGAAAAUGGAAAAGCAGCAUCGCAGGCCAUUCGCUUGUUGGAUAAUGUGCCUUUAGACAAAAAUCAUACGUUCAAGAUCACCUUACUGUCUGAUUUUGAACGAGCAGUAAAUGUUUCUACCGAAUGGGUGCCUCCACCCAAACAAGAAUAUAAGGAUUUGGGUAAUCUGAAAAGUUGGUUGUUAAAUGAACUAUGUCGGGACCAGUUUUCUGUUGUGUACAAUGAUGGCGAUACAGGCUCCGUUUACUGGCAUACUGCAGCCGAACCUGUUGUCGCUGAAGAACGUUUACGUUGGACUGAAGGAUGGAUGCGGUGGUCACCCCGGGGGACUUAUUUGGCAACAAUGCAUCCCCUAGGUGUUAUUUUGUGGGGCGGUGAGAAGUUUCUGAGGGCUGGAAGAUUUCCGCAUAAAAGUGUCAAAACUAUAGAUUUUUCACCUUUGGAAAAUUUCAUGAUAACAAUGAGUCCAAGCGCUAAUUUUUCCACUGAUGAACAAGAUCGUCCACGUGCAGAUGCAGUUGUUUGGGAUGUGAAACGGUGUGUGAGUCGCAGAGAAUUCACGGUUCCAAUCGAUUUCUAUCCAGCGUUUAAAUGGUCUCCGAAAGAUGAAUAUUUUGCUUGUUUACGAGAUGGUGUCAUUAGUAUUUACUGCACCAGCAAUUUUAGGCUGCUGGAUAAAAAGAAGCUGGGUGGUAAUAUUCGUGAUUUUGCUUGGUCACCAUCUGACAAUAUACUAGCAUACUGGGUUCCAGAAUCUGAUAAUACACCAGCCAGGGUUGUUCUGAUGGAAGUACCAAGUCGUCAAGAAAUAUGUACUAAAAACUUGUUUUCUGUGGCUGAAAUCAGUCUUUUGUGGCAGGAACAAGGUGAUUUCCUAGCUGUUCAAGUGCUAAGGUGUGCGAAAAAGAAGUUAGAUGGAGAAAAACAAGUCAAAUAUGUGGGUACCUACACAAAUUUCGAAAUUGUUCGUCUACGAGAGAAAUUGUAUCCAGUUGAUCAGUUAGAAGUUAAAGCAUCUAUCUCGAACUUUCGAUGGGAGCCGUGUGGUACACGUUUUGCAUUCUUACAAACCGUAGCUAGUGGCAAACUAUCAGUUGCUAUAUAUGAUGUAUCUCGUGGAAGCAGUAUUCGUGAAGUUUGUGUACUUGACCUUGCAUCAGUCCGAACCAAUGAUAUACGCUGGGCACCUAAAGGAGGACUUCUUGUUGCGUCAGGUCUAAAAAGUGCUGAUGGCAUAAUUGAGUUCAUCUCAGCUGAUGAGGGUCAAGUCUUAGCUAAAGGCGAGCACGCUAUGGUUAGUGAUGUGCAUUGGGAUCCCACAGGAAGAUAUUUAGCGACUACUGUAACUAGUUUCUACCAGAAAAAUGAUAAUGCAAUAUGGUUUUGGAAUUGUGUUGGUCGUUGUUUGUUCAAAAUGAGUUUACGUGGUAUCCGUUCAUUCAACUGGAGACCACGACCACCAACGCUACUUACCGCAGAACAGUUACAGAAUAUUAAGAGAAAUAUGUCCAAAUAUAAUAAUCAAUUGGCAAAUGAGGAUCGUAUGCUAGCUUCGAAGGCUAGUAGAGAAUUGUUCGAAAAACGACAGAAAUUGCUGGCCGAAUUCAAUGUUUGGAAAAAUAAUGUUAUUCGUUUACAUAAUUUGGAUGAACAGCAACGCUUAGUAUUACGAAAAGGUUGUAGUGCUGAUGGAGCAUCUAGUAAUCCUACAAUUGAAGAAGAAUUAGAACUUUUGAUCAGUGCUGUACAAGAAACAAUUCGUAAGAAUACAGAAGAAUAA